CCUCCCUGGAGGGGCCACAAGCAGGUCCUUGACACCUGGUCCAGUAUGAAAAUAACACCUAACCUAAGCAGAUAACACAAACAAGUCUUCGGGCCCCGGGCCACGUCAAGGGCACGUUGCUACAAUGCAUGCCUUGCCCACGCGCAAUAUGCUAGUGGAUAUACUUGAUGAAGUUCUUCUUUAAAGGGACCUACGACAAUCGCAAAAGCAUCCACUGAAAACUGCCACUCAUCAACUGCUACGGCCGACCAUAGAGCUUGCCCAAUGGCAAAGUGGAAGAAACAGGUCAAACGGAGCGAUGUUCUGAUGAAAGAAGGGACGAAGAAUGACAUCGUUGUACCUGUUAUGGGUGCUACAGGUGUUGGGAAAAGCACUUUCAUCAACAACUUUAUGGGCACUGAGGACGCCGUCAUCGUCGGUCAUGACCUCAAGUCAUGCACUGCGCAAUUAACACCCGUGUUCUCGCGCAUUACUCAGCCAGCACACCUCCAAGGAAAACGUUUGGUCCUUGUUGAUACGCCAGGUUUUGACGAUACUUAUACGUCUGACUCGGAAAUUUUAAGGCGCAUUGCGAUCUGGUUGGCGUCGUCGUACGACUCUAAAAUGAAGCUCGGUGGCAUCAUUUACCUCCACAACAUAUCUCAACCACGUAUGCUGGGCUCGGAUCGUCAGAAUCUUGAGGUAUUCCAGGACCUUUGCGGCCACAAAGUCUUGUCGUCUGUCAUCAUCGGGAUCACCAAGUCAGGCGACAUUCCCCAAGAAGUGAGCGAAAAGCGUUGCAAUGAACUUUCUUCAACAUACUGGAAAGAAAUGAUAGAAGCUGGGGCGACAGUAUACCCGCUGGAAAACAAUACCACCUCUGCUCAGAGUCUGUUGGCCAUUAUUCUACAAAAUAUCAAAUUAUCUACAGGUCCUUCCGAGCCCAGGACCAAAGCUGUCGAGAUCGAAAACCAGGUCGUCGAGAUCCAGAGCGAGGUCGUCGACCUAGCGAAGCUCGUUCCGGAGACGAAGGCAGGAAAACGGCUGAAGGCUACGUUGAAAGAGGUUUUAGAGAUGCAGAAGAAAAUGGCCCUCCAGGCUGAAAAUGAUACGGAGAGACAGAAGGAGUACAGGGAUAAUGUUAACAAGCUCGAUGCUCAAAUCAGUGCUCUGAAAGUUCCAUUUGCUCGCCGCAUUCUCGCCGCCCUCGGACUGGCAUGA